AUAAAUCAUGUUGGUCGCGUAAUAUACUCGAAGUCAACAAAAAAUAACAGAUUAUUUGAAUAUUAUUCAACAUUAAACAUUAAGCAAUAGUGUACCAUGCUGACUUAUCAAACACUUAGAUAAGCGGAGCGAGCUAGCCUCAGGUGAUUGCUCCACUCUAAAUUGUAAAUUCGUUUCAGUGAAGACAAAAUCAUGAAAUAUAAGGCUUAUAUCGUAUUGUUUGUGUCGUUUUGAGACAAAUCUUGUUAUGUUUCUGCGAUAUAACAUUUAAAUCAAAAAAGAUGGGUUGCUGUGAUAAUUGCUGUGUGCCACCGAAAGAAUCAAGAGAGCCUAUAAAAUAUAAUCCGAACUUCAACGGCCCGACCCGCAACCGAUCAUGCACGGAUGUAUUAUUUUUGAUUAUGUUCACCCUUUUUCUUGGAGGCUGGGGCUUCGUCGGCUAUUAUAGUAUAACACGAGGGAGUGUGGAGAAACUUUUAGCACCUAUAGACUCGAAAGGCCGCCGCUGUGGUGUGGAUUCCGGCCUUGAGGAUAGGAAAUAUCUUGUAUUCUUCAACAUCGCGAAAUGUCUGUCGCCCGGCACUCCUAUAACUGGUUGUCCCACUGCACAAGUAUGUGUGCAAAAGUGUCCUGAGAGAACUUUUAUAUUUGAAAAAGAGUUAAGACAAAAUCCAGCUUCGUUUGAACAAUUAAGGCAGAAUAUGGUGUGCACCGAUGAAGUCACUAAUAUACAAACUAUGACGUUAUCGGAGGCUAUCGCGUACAUGCAACAAGAAAAGUGCGCCAGUUUUGUGUUACAGAGUCAACCAGUGUUGUACCGUUGCAUCGGAGACCUCUCAGCGCUAUCCUGCGAGUCACCGGCGGCCAGCUCUUCCGAGGUCUGUGUGCGAAACCCGAAGGAAGCCCAGAAGUCCUUGAUCGAAGUCUUGAAUGCCAUCGAUUCUUACGUUGGCUGGUUCACCGCGAGAUGGGUCACGUUUUUCACGAGGAACGAGAAAGAAGCUCACAUUUUGUCGUCGCAGAUAGUCCAGGAUCUGCAGCAGUCCCGCUGGUACUUAGCUGGUGCUCUGAUCGGCAUCGUACUGCUAUGUUUUAUAUACAUACUGUUGUUACGAUGGCUGGUCGCGCCCGUUGUAUGGGUCUCGAUCGCAGGCCUAUUCGCUCUCCUUGGAUUCGCCAUUUAUCUUUGUUACAAGAACUACAUUUACUAUAAAGAAAACGUUGGCUUGUACCAGGAAACAAAUUUGAAGGGUUACGUGGAGUCAAUAUUCGGGAAAUACCAAACAUGGCUAGCUCUGGUCAUUAUAUUGGCAGCUAUUUUUAUUAUUUUAUUACCGGUUAUCAUAUUUUUGAGAAGUCGAAUAACGAUAGCGAUAGCUCUCAUACGAGAAGGCAGCAAAGCAGUAACAGCUAAUAAGACGACGAUAGUGUUUCCGAUAUUCCCUUGGAUAUUCCAAUGCGCUAUAAUCGGUUACGGGGUGUUGGUCCUCAUGCACUUGUUGUCUAUCGGACAAUCGGCCUUCCAGGUCGUUAACAAGAGAAUCGAUACCAAUUGCGACUGCGGCGACUUGUACAAAGAGGACGGCGUCUCGUGUGAUCCAGUGAGGUUCGCGGCUAGUUGUCACGACACGUCCAACGCUCUGCUGCCGUGCGCUAACGCGACCUGUCACUACACGGGCGUCGACAGUCCACACUACAUCAUCUACUUGCACCUCGUAAAUUUACUAGGAUUUUUCUGGGCAAUGUUCUUCAUAAGCGGUGUGGCAGAUAUGACCCUAGCAAACACAUUCUCUACGUGGUAUUGGACUUACAACAAAAGAAAUCUUCCUUUUUUCACUCUAACGUCAUCAAUUUAUACAACAAUUCGGUAUCAUUUAGGGACAGUUGCUUUCGGUGCACUUAUAAUUGCAAUAGUCCGAGUUAUCAGAGUCAUUUUGGAAUACAUAGACCAUAAAGUGAAAAAGUUUGACAACGCUUUUACGAGAGCUAUACUGUGUUGUUGUCGGUGCUUCUUCUGGUGUCUGGAGAAUUUCUUGAAGUUCGUGAAUAAGAAUGCUUACAUCAUGUGCGCUAUUCACGGAAAGAAUUUUUGUAAGAGCGCCAGUGACGCAUUCUCGUUGCUAAUGAGGAAUGUGGUCCGACUCGUCGUAUUGGACAAGAUGGCGGAUUGGAUAUUCUUUCUGUCCAAGCUGUGCAUCUCCUUGGGCGUGGGUCUGGGCGUGUUCUAUUUACUGGAGUGGGGGGCGCUGUACGAGGCGGGCGCCGCUCGUCUUCAUCACCACCACGUGCCCGCAGCACUCCUCGCCAUCGCCACCUACCUCAUAUGUACAAUCUUUUUCAAUGUAUACUCCACCGCUGUGGACACGCUGUUCUUAUGUUUCCUGGAAGAUUGCGAAAGAAAUGACGGUUCUGAAGAGAAACCAUACUUCAUGUCGAAAAAUCUUAUGAGGAUUCUUGGGAAGAGGAACAAUAUUGUCAAGUAAUAUUAAUUAUGUGAUUUUUUUCUAUAAGUGUUGUGAGAUAUUUUAUAUAACCAAGAACUUUUUGAAACUUCCUACUCGUAUUUGAUACAACUUUUUUAUGAAUACCUAUACAAAACAUUUUAGUAUAGUUUUAAAUUAAACAAGCCAAAUACCGAAGGCUAUGAAAAUUAAUAUAAAAAUUAUAACUCUAGGUUUUUUGAAGUAAUUUACUUGUAAGUUAUUUUUACUAUUGUAUUUUAUAAGAUUUUAUAUAAUACGAGUGAUGUGAUUGUUACUGAUGUUAAUAAUAAAAAGUGCCAAAUCGAUGUCUUCAUUUCUCAUUUUUAAACGUAUUGUAACAAUAUUAAUAUAUCAUUACCAAAUUGA